UCCCCAGCGACCGUCACCCCUCCAGCCCAGCCCGACUCCCCGCAGCGGCCGCUCCCCGGCCCGAGCCACCUCUCCGGCCCAGCAGCCGCCUCCCGGGUGCGGGAUGAACAGAUCCGCGGCCGCCGCGGGGCCCCAUGGAGGAGCAUCCGCGGCCGCCGCCGGCCCGCCCACCAGUGAGCAUGGCCUUGCCGGGCACCCCACACCCCGGCGCCCCCUCCGCGGCCAGCUCGCCUGGCGGGACUUCCUCCGCCGCAACAGCGGCCGUGCUCUCCUUCAGCACUGUGGCGACCGCGGCGGCCGCGGCUCUGGGGAACCAGAGCGACGCCAGCGGGGGAGGCAGCGCUGCCGCUCUAGGUGGCGGCGACGACGGCGGCAGGCCCGGGGCGGCUGGGGCGGUGCGGGUGGCGGCGGCGGCGGCGAGGCCAGCGCUGGGCCCGGAGGCGGCGCCGCUGCUGUCGCACGGGGCGGCGGUGGCAGCGCAGGCGCUCGUCCUGCUGCUCAUCUUCCUGCUGUCUAGCCUGGGCAACUGCGCGGUCAUGGGGGUGAUCGUGAAGCACCGGCAGCUCCGCACCGUCACCAAUGCCUUCAUCCUGUCUCUGUCCCUGUCGGAUCUGCUCACCGCGCUCCUCUGCCUGCCCGCCGCCUUCCUGGACCUCUUCACGCCGCCGGGAGGCUCGGCGCCCGAGGUCGCCGCGGGGCCUUGGCGCGGCUUCUGCGCAGCCAGCCGCUUCUUCAGCUCGUGCUUCGGCAUCGUGUCCACGUUCAGCGUGGCCCUCAUUUCGCUAGACCGCUACUGCGCGAUUGUGCGGCCGCCCCGGGAGAAGAUCGGCCGGCGCCGCGCGCUGCAGCUCCUGGCCGGCGCCUGGCUGGUGGCUCUAGGCUUCUCCUUGCCCUGGGAGCUGUUUGGGGCGUCCCGGGAGCUCUCCGCAGUGCAGAGCUUCCACGGCUGCCUUUACCGGACCUCCCCAGACCCCGCGCAGCUGGGCGCGGCCUACAGCGUGGGGCUGGUGGUGGCCUGCUACUUGCUGCCCUUCCUGCUCAUGUGCUUCUGCCACUAUCACAUCUGCAAGACCGUGCGCCUGUCGGACGUGCGCGUUCGGCCGAUGACCACCUACGCGCGUGUGCUGCGCUUCUUCAGCGAGGUGCGCACUGCCACCACCGUGCUCAUCAUGAUUGUCUUCGUCAUCUGCUGCUGGGGUCCCUACUGCUUCCUGGUGCUGCUGGCCGCGACCCGGCAGGCCCAGGCCGCGCAGGCCCCUUCGCUCCUCAACGUAGUGGCUGUCUGGUUGACCUGGGCAAAUGGGGCCAUCAACCCUGUCAUCUAUGCCAUCCGCAACCCCAACAUUUCUAUGCUUCUAGGGCGCAACCGCGAAGAGGGGUACCGGACUAGAAAUGUGGACGCUUUCCUACCCAGUCAGGGCCAGGGUCUGCAGGCCAGAAGCCGUAAUCGCCUUCGAAACCGCUAUGCCAACCGUCUGGGGGGUUGCAGUAGGAUGUCCUCCUCCAACCCAGUCAGUGGGGCAGGAGGUGACGUGGCCAUGUGGGCCCGCAAAAACCCAGUUGUGCUUUUCUGCAGGGAGGGACCACCAGAACCUGUGACCGCAAUAGCCAAACAGCCUAAAUCCAAAACCGGGGAUACCAGCCUCUAAAAGGGUUGGGAUGGACAGCUUGUCAAGGCGAACUUCCACCCCUUCAUUGAAUGAUAAAGAAUUCCAGGGAGAAUCUUGGAUUUCAUGCCAAACAUUGAAAACUAAAGAGAGGGGGAGGGUUGCCACUUUCCCCAAACAACAUAAAAACAAUGUUCCCUUCUUCAGAAAGUGCCAAAAGGAAUGCAAAAUGCAAAAUUAAAACAAUCUAAGCCACACAACCAAGCAUUGUGAACUUAAGUGCCAAAAAUAAAAAUGACAUAAAUAAAAUUCACAAUUACCGAAAAGCUCAUAUUACAGGAAUCACACUGUGAAACAAAGCAAAAAUCACUGAAGGCAACCAGUAUUUGUUCAAUACAUAGUUACAGGUAUGACUGGAGACCCUCAGAACUGCUUGAAGGCCCCUCUAAAUCACCAGCAUUGAACAAAAAUCUUUAGUUUCUAGAACUUGCACCUCUGACACAUGCUUAGGUGCUGGGGGGUGCUUAGGUUUGGGAGUAGAACAUUCUUAUCCUACACAAAUUGGUGCACUUCUCCCCAUCCUUGUACUCUCGCGUGGGAAAUUUUAAAUUCAGAUCUUAUUUUGAAACCAUUUUGGAAUUUCGAAAAGUUGGUUUAUUACUACAUAAAAGUUAAACAUCUGAAGGGUGAAUAACAUAAAGAAAUAUGACUGUUUUUAAAAGUAUUCCAAGAUUAUUCAUAAAAAUUAAUGUCCCUUCCACCCUCAUUCCCAUGCCCCCACGACCCCGGUCACGUCCCAGGUCAUGUCCCAAAUAUCUGUCUUGGGAAACUUGGAAGCUUACCCUUACUCUAACCUGCUUACUCUAGUUUAUGAUAACUUUAGGAUGCCACUUUCAGAAGACUUUCACAUUUUAAAAAGAUAAUAACUUUCAUAGUAGAAAAUCUUUUGUAUUUUAACAAAAAUCUGAUUUUCUUUUGGUACAGCCAAAACUGUAAUUUGAAGUCAAAUUGAUUGAAUAAGGUGAGUGAUGCUAUUAAGUAACAAGACUGGGUUUACCAUAUGGUAUUUAACUAAUUGAAGAUAAUUCCAAAGAGGAAUUCUAAAAAUUGUUUAAGAAGUGACCACAUUCCUGGAAUAGUCAACAGAGCUUUCUAAGAGGUUCACGCUUUCCUACUUUGAACAUUUGGGCAUAUAUUUAAAAAAAAAAAAACAAAGUAGUCGAUUGCCGCUUUAUAGACAGUAAAAUAUCAUUGUCUUUAUUAGAAAGGAAGAAUAGGUGUGAAACUAUUAUAUGAAAGAAGGUAUUAAAAACAAAGGUGUACAUUUGGAGAGGUACCUCAAGCCUAUUGCGGAUGUCUUCAGAAAUAUGUGAGAACUGAGAUACUUUUUACAAUAAUUCGAAAGCACAAUUUAGGAUUUAUCUAUAUGAAAUUUCUUACAUUGAAUGUCACUGUACACAGAAUCAUUUCCUCAGAAUUUUAAAAGAUGUUUUUCUGUUUUUUCUCUUUCCUUCUCUCCAUCCUGCUCCUCUUUUCUUCAAUAUUUUGCAGCCUUAACUGAUUUAACCUGGUAUGAAAAGACAUCAACUCACUAUGAAGAUUUCAAUGUGAAAUAGCCAGCAAUUUUUCUUGUAAAGUAUUUAAAGGUGUUUAUUAGUGUUUAAGUCUUUGUGUGACUUUUGUAAUCAAAGUUGGAAAUACAUGAUUCCUGUCA